CUUCGCACGACCAACAGCAUGAUAUCUGCCGCAGACUUGGACCUGCUGUACGGCAUUCUGGCUCGCACAGACUCCUCUCUGGAAGCCGCUCAUCAGGCUCUGCGUGCUGCCGCCCCUUCCUCGCUCCGCCGCUUCGACUAUGCCUGCGCAAUAGCUAUUGUCCUCGGAGACCCUAUUUUCUUACCCGACCCUGCACUACGCAUAACCGCCAUAUUCGUCCUGCACGCUCUUUACGCCGCCAAAGGGCUUCCGCCACAGUCUCACCCGUUUCUAUCGACGCUGCUGAGCUAUGCAAAGGGCGAGGUGGAUGCCCGUCAGGACUCCCACUUUCCCUCGCCACUCGCCAUUUCCGUGUGUGAGAGGCACCUUUCUUUGCGGCUGCUUAUGGGUGGGAAGCUGGACGUCGGGCACUUGUCGGCGAGGUCGAUAAUAGCCGUCACAAGCAAUUCACUAAAUGAGAAUAGGCGGAUGGCGGCCGAGCUGAACUCGCCCAACGCACGGAACCUGCUGGCGAAGUUGACGCACGUGGCCGACGCUCCACCCGCGUCCAGGCCUGCUCUCACAUCAACGUCGAGCCCUACAUUUUUUGCAUUCGCCAAAAUGGCGCGGGAUGGGCAGGCUCCUACGAUUCACCAGGCGCUCGGAGCUGCGAAGGAGUUCUUUCAAGGGACACGAAAUGAAAACGAGCAGAUGGAUUUACUCGGCAUCUUCAAGUCGCCUGCCAUGAUCCCGCCUGCAUCUCCUAGCUAUCAACGCCAUUUCGACAACAGUGCGUCCCCGCCAAACUCGAAUACAGAUGACAUGCCGUGGUCGGGGCAACUUCCGUCAGAUUGGAGUAGCGGCAUGGGGGAUUUUGGCGAACAGGGCGCUUUCGGUGGGAGCGGUAGCAGAAAAGACGGCAAUGGGCCACCGGGGGAUCUUCUACGUUUCCUUGGAGCCGCGUUUGCAUCCGGAGAGAGUGAAUCUUCUUUUGGGUCAAGGCAUGAGUGGAGUCCGGCGGCGUUGGGCGAACCACAGCGACUUUCGCCGCAAUCGUUUCCGACUAGCAUUCCGUCAGUCACGUCUAUGCCGCAUCAUCCGACCUUUCAGACGUCGCCUCCCUUCUCGCCCAUGGUGCCAGCGACGUAUCCAGCUUCAAUAGGGCGUGACCCUUUCCUAAGCGUGCCUUCCGGUACGCAUGCAAAGGUACCUGGAUCAUCCGCUGACAGCAAAGCGGUCAUCGCUUCCAGCACCGUAUCUCCUGCCAGCAAGAGCCCAGCGACGACAGUACAAAAGGACACCCGCUCAGAGCUCAAAAUACCCGUAAACCUCGUUGCGCAGGUCGCAUCCGCACUAUCUGCCCCACUCCCCCUCAGCCAAGAGCCCAGUCUCAUGGCCGGGAUCGACGCGAUCAUCCCGAUCGUGCCCGGUACAUCCUCGCCAUUGCUCGAAGAGAGGAUCCUCGACGCGCUGACAAAGGCAGGACUGACUCCCGCCGCCUUGCCCGAUCUCGUGGAGAACAACCCAAAGAUGGCCACACACCUCCUGAGUCGGCUUCUGGCUCGCGCGGCUGCUACCGGCGGUGCUGAUCUCUCCUCUGAAACCACGGGCAAACUAUCGACUUCCCCAUCACCAUCACCACCCCCACCACCAUCAACCACCCCUAAACAACCCCCAUCACCACCCACCUCCACCACCCCACCCCUCUCCAACCCCGCCCCCUCAAUCUCCAUCGCAACCCCGCACCUUCAAGUCCUCGCAACAAUGCCCAUGUCGCUCCAUUCCCUGGAAGUCGUCAACCGCCUCGCCAACACGACCCAUCUCCCGACCGAUUUUCUGCGAUUGUAUAUCGUGCAUUGUAUCGAGACGUGUAACCGCACGACGGACCGGUUUAUUCAGAAUCGCCAGGUCCGGUUGGUCUGCGUCUUCCUCCAAUCCCUCGACCGCAACAAAACGAUCGCCAUCCGCGAUUUCUUUGUCGAGAUUCAGGCGUUCUGUAUCCAGUUUUCGAGGAUACGUGAGGCCGCGGCGUUGUUUAGGUUGCUCAAGAAGGAGUUUCGGUAGUUGAGGGGGG